AUGGAUACAGAGGAAGAUAAUUUUGAUCUUUUUGAUAAAGGUAAAGCGCCAGAGUUUCAAACUGGAAAUUACUCAAGUGACGAAGGUGGCCCUGGAGAAACGAAGGAGAGUAAGGCACCGGCUCCGGUCACUUCAAUUUUACCUCUUUCACGGCGAGAAGAAGACCUUGCUAAAAAGGAUCGUUCGUUGGCCGAAUUUCUCUUAGUUGUCGAUGAUUUCGAACCUAUUGCAAAAUAUUACUUGGCAAGAUCAGGAUUUGCUUGUGAUGAUAUUCGCGUGAAACGAUUAAUGGCUUUGGCUGCUCAAAAAUUCAUUUCAGAUAUCGCAACUGAUGCCUUUCAGUAUUGUAAGAUUCGUGCACAAAGUAAAAAAGCAAUCGGAAAGCGUAAUAAAACUGUGCUGACUUUGGAUGAUCUCUCGGCAGCACUUUCUGAAUAUGGAAUUAAUAUCAAAAAACCGGAUUAUUAUCACAAUCCCUUUAUUCAAUCUGAAGAGGAUAUCCAAGAUGAAUUUUUAGAAGAUUUACGUGUUGUUGGAUAUGACCCGUUGAUACAACCUCAGUUACUUCAAAUGGAAAUUCCAUUGUCAAAGACUUCUCGUAAAGUUGUAUUACUUUCGCGGCAACAAGCCGCAAAGAUUCUUAAAGGUUUAGAUGAUCGUCUCAUAGUGAUCGUUGGACCAUGCUCAAUUCAUAAUGUUGAAGCGGCCAAAGAGUAUGCUCUUCGUCUUGAAUCUGUCGCAUCUCGAUUGAAAAAUGACUUAUUAAUCAUAAUGCGUGCUUACUUCGAGAAACCACGAACUACUGUCGGAUGGAAAGGAUUAAUCAAUGAUCCCUUUAUCGAUAGUUCUUUCCAGAUCAAUAAAGGUUUAAGAAUCGCACGAAAACUCUUGUGUGAUAUUACGGAGUCUGGCUUACCAGUUGGCUGUGAAUUACUUGAUACAAUUUCACCUCAGUAUUUGGCUGAUCUUGUUUCUUGGGGUGCAAUUGGUGCACGAACAACCGAAAGUCAAUUGCACCGAGAAUUAGCCUCCGGUGUAUCUUUUCCACUUGGAUUCAAAAAUGGUACCGAUGGAAGUGUUGGAAUAGCAAUAGAUGCAAUCAAAUCCGCUUCUCAUCCACAUCACUUUUUGGGUGUCACUAAACAAGGAUUGGCAGCGAUCACAAAGACCAAAGGAAACGACCUCUGCCAUAUAAUUUUGAGAGGCAGUAACUCUGGUCCAAACUAUAAAAAACAAUAUAUUGAGGCCGCCAAAGAAUCUUUACAAAAAGUCAAGUUGCCCGAGCUAAUAAUGAUCGAUUGCAGUCAUGGCAACAGUAGCAAAAAGCACACCAAUCAGCCGAUUGUUAAUGCUGACAUAGCAAAUCAAGUAGCUUCCGGAGAAGAUGCAAUCAUUGGGGUAAUGAUUGAAUCAAACCUUGUAGAAGGCCGUCAAGACGUUCCUAAGGAAGGUCCUAGCGCUUUGAAGUAUGGACAAUCUAUCACCGAUGCAUGUGUUAGUUGGGAAGAUACUGUACCAAUGUUGGAGGAAUUAGCUAAGGCGGUCCGAGAAAGAAGAAUUCUAAAGGCUAAUAAUAAUCGGCAGGACAAUUAA